AUGUCAAACUGGCCGUCACCAGCAACGACACAUGCUACAAUUUUGGAUGAAUGGUAUUUCUCUCCAAGGUUGCAUCCAACUUCCUUGAAGCAUGCACUCCAGAAUCAAAUUUCUCUCUCCUCUCCUAAUCUGGCUUUCACAAAUGAUGCCGAAUCCGGAUCAAAAUUAUUUACUCCCUCUUUACUAUCUCACUUGGCAAUACCCGUAUUCUCACGACCAUCUAUCGAGCCCUCUAAAAGUGCUCUUACAAAAUGUAUCAACACUGAAAUAUGCAGAUUGGCACCACAUUUAAACAUGCAUUUGCAAAAUGGACAUGGUAAGACAGAAACGGUCAGUCAAUCAUUAUGUUUGCCCAGUACUUCAAGUAAUGAAGAGGGGUCAUCGAAAAAUAAAAAGACAGCCGAUUCCACGGGUUACAAUCCAUUAGCAUUUGAAGGAACGUUGAUUUGA